GCUAAGAGUUUUAGAUCUCACCGGAUAUAAGUGUUUGCCAUUCACUAGAUACCUAGAAGCUAAUUAUUGGUAAUAAUCAACUCAUGUUGAUUUAACGUGAUAUGCUUUUAUUCUGCUAAGACUUAGACAUCAAGCAGUCUCCCCUGGAUGAGGUUUGAGCUGUAACCACGGAGUACAUGACAUGUAUCAUUAGGCAGAAUGGUCCCUCCCCCACCAAAGAUGCCCACAUCAUAAUCCCCAGAACCUGUGACUGUGUUACCUUAUGUGGCAAAAAUAACUUUGCCAUGUGAUUAAGGUUAAUAAGGGCCUUGAGAUGGGAAGAUAAUCCUGGAUUAUCCAGGUGCACCCAUUUUAAUCACAAGUCCUUAAAAGGAGCAAAUUUUUUCCUGGCUGUGGUCAGAGAAAUGACAAUAGAAGAAGGGUCGGAGAGAUGCAACGUUGCUGGAUUUGAAGGCAGAGAAAGGGUACCAGGAUCCAAGGAACUCAGGAAGCUUCUAGAUGCUGGAAAAGGUUUUCAAAACAAGAACAGAGUUGCGAUCUUGGCAGAACUGGACAAAGAGAAAAGAAAAUUACUCAUGCAGAACCAAUCUUCAACAAAUCAUCCUGGAGCUAGCAUUGCACUCUCGAGACCCUCUCUUAAUAAGGACUUCCGGGAUCAUGCUGAGCAGCAGCAUAUUGCAGCCCAACAAAAGGCAGCUUUGCAGCACGCACAUGCACAUUCAUCUGGAUACUUCAUAACUCAAGACUCCGCAUUUGGGAAUCUUAUUCUUCCUGUCUUACCUCGCCUUGACCCAGAGUGAAGAAAAUAUUUGUAGCAAAGGCAACUAUAUCAGAUGCCAAAGCUACUAUCAUUUAGUGCUAUACAAACUGUGACUUACAGAAUUUUGGCGAACUUUUAUACUUUUUGCUUCUUUGAAAGAAAGGUAUGUGUAAGUCAAAGCAGAAGAGGAGGGUCACCAGGAGGAUGCGAGCUUUGGGAAGUGUACUCGCUGAGGAACUGAUGAUGCUACUUGUCACUGUUUUGUCACACAGAACAGUUCGGUUUUAGCUCCAAAUCAGACUCUGGAUUGGAUGGUCCCAUACAUUCACCCCCCGCCCCCAACUAGGUGGCCUGAAUAUAUCAUUGUCCACGAUAGACUUUCAUGAACCAUUUAUAUAUAGUACUUAACUUUAAAAAAAUGAGGGUGCUUUUAAAAAUGUAAACCAAUGGACUUAAAUAAGUUACAUUUAUAUUUGCUGUUUAUAGAAUUGCUAUCAGUGUAUCUUUUGUGUUUAUAGUCAACAUGUCAUCCUGAAAUCUUUAACUCAUAACUGUCUCUCCUGUUUUCAUUUUCAAAGAAAAUCUAAGAUACAAUUAAGUUACCAACAAAUCUUAAACAUCUUUUAUAAACCUAUGCCACUAUAAAUUAUGUGACUAAAUGCUAUUAAAAACAGUGAUAAGAGGGG